GCUUAUCUGCAAUCUCCUUCUCUAAAUACCCUCAUUAGCUUCCUUUAUAUCCGUUCUGUUGUUCAAUAUCUUUCGGCCACUGAUUGUUUUAUUUCGACUUCUACUUGUUCUGGAUUGUGGGUUUUUAAUAUUUUUUUUUUUCCGAAUGGAUGAUGUUGGAGUUUUGAAGAAGGAAACGAUGAUUUGCACUCCAUUGAUGGGUCAAUCGGUCGAGCAGAUGGUGAGAGACAUGCAUAAGGCGAAGGUGGAAGGCGCUGACUUGGUUGAAGUCAGGCUGGACUAUAUAAACAACUUCCACCCUCAACAAGAUCUUGAAAUCAUUCUAAGAAACAAACCAUUGCCAGUGAUGAUCGUUUAUCGGCCAAAAUGGGAAGGUGGUCAGUAUGAGGGUGAUGAACACUCAAGAUUGGAAGCACUUCAUUUAGCUGAAAAAUUAGGAGCUGAUUAUAUUGAUUUUGAGCUCAAGGUGGCUUCUGAUUUCUUAGGGAAACAGAAGAUGGAUCAGCAUAGCAGUAGCAGAACAAUAGUGUCAUGCUAUGUGGAUGGUGUGACCCCUCCAAUAGAAGAUCUCAUCUGUCGUGUUGCACUUUUGCAAUCUACUGGAGCAGAUAUGAUCAAACUUGUCAUCAAUGCAACUAAUAUUACAGAAAUAACCAAGAUUUUUCAUUUGCUUUCACAUUGCCAGAUGCCGCUAAUAGCCUACUCAAUUGGGGAUAGAGGUUUUAUGAGCCAGAUAUUGUGUCGAAAAUUUGGAGGUUUUCUAGUCUAUGGAUCAAUGGAAGGAAGUCCGGUGGCUGGCCUGCCUACUUUAGAGAGCCUUAGAGAAGCUUAUAAAGUUCAGUAUAUAAACAAGGAUACUAAAGUUUUUGGGCUCAUCUCAAAACCAGUUGGCCACAGCAAAGGCCCUAUUUUGCAUAAUCCUGCCUUUAGACAUGUGAACUACAAUGGAAUCUAUGUUCCAAUGCUGGUUGAUGAUCUCAAGGAAUUCUUUAGCAUUUACUCAAGCCCUGACUUUGCUGGUUUUAGUGUUGGGAUUCCAUACAAGGAAGCUGUAACUGGAUUUUGUGAUGAACUUCAUCCACUUGCUCAGUCUAUAGGUGCUGUUAAUACUAUUAUGAGGAGGCCUAGUGAUGGGAAGCUGAUCGGUUAUAAUACAGAUUGUGAGGCUUCCAUAACUGCAAUUGAGGAUGCUCUGAGAGAAAGGGGAUUGCCAAAUGGAGAAGCACCCCUUAAUUCACCACUCACUGGAAAACAGUUUGUGCUAGUUGGUGCUGGAGGUGCAGGACGAGCACUGGCCUUUGGUGCUAGAAGUCGGGGAGCACAGCUAGUCAUUUUUGACCUCGAUUUUGAUAGAGCAAAUUCACUUGCUCAUGCGGUUUCUGGUGAAGUUAAGCUUUAUGAAGAUGUAGCCAACUUCCAGCCUGAGAAAGGGGCAAUCCUUGCAAACGCAACACCUUUAGGAAUGCAUCCAAAUACAGAUCGAAUUCCUGUGGCUGAGGAGACCCUGUCGGAUUACCAGCUUGUCUUUGAUUCUGUUUACACACCCAGAAAAACGAGAUUAUUAAAAGAAGCAGAGGCUGCUGGAGCCAUCAUUGUGAGUGGUGUGGAAAUGUUCCUUCGUCAGGCCAUUGGCCAGUUCAAUCUCUUCACUGGUGGAGAAGCACCCGAAGAGUUCAUGAGGGAGAUUAUUUUAUCAAAGUUCUGAUACACUGCCUCAUGCAAUAAAUAUUGUAUCAUGAACAGUUCUUUUCAAGAUUGAAUCUACAAUCAUCAACCAGUAAACCAAAGAUGAGAAACUAAUGCAACUCCUUUGUGAGAUUGAUUUAGUUGGAGCUAGUAUAUGUAUGACAAUCUUUAUACAUGAGCUUCCAAGCACAUUUCAAUAAAGGUUAUUUGAUUAAAAA